AUGAGGUACGUGGACCCUCCGUUAGUGGAGCGACCAACAGAAGAGUGGCGGUGUUUCGAGUGCCUGGUGAACGACGCUCGCGGCUGGCCUCGUCGACGGAAAUCCACCCCUAGGGAGCCUUUUUCUCCGCGUGAUGAGGAUUCGUCAUCUAGGAGACGAAGCUCAUCGACAAAGUCUCGUAGUGGUUCUUCAUCCUCGAAAAAGUCAAAGAAAAGCUCCAGUAAAAGCCGUUCCAGCUCCUCCUCCAAGAAGAAAAGCAGCCACAGCAGCUCGUCCAAACGCAAGUCGUCGAGUAGCAAGAGCAGCUCGGGCAAGAAAUUGUCGUCGUCGUCUUCAAAGAAGCACAAGAAGCGCAAGUCGUCGUCGUCUUCGCAUCACAGCAGUCACGGUCACCAUCGAAGGCGGCACCACUAUCAUCAUGCGGAAUUUGCCAAGCUUGUUACUUUGUUCCGAGAGCGACAGGAACAGCGUCUUGGUAUUGAAGAAGCUCGCAUCAAUGGAGACCUCCAGAUGGCUUUUGAUGAAGCUCCACAGGGCUGGCGUGUGGUUAGCUCCACGCUUGAAAACUUACGAGCACUGAUUGAGUCGCUGUCAGGUGGAUCUCUGGAGCAAGACCGACUGCGAGGACGCCUUAUCUUGAUCAUGAAAGAACAAGAGAAACAAGAAGAGCAGCGACGGAAGCAACAAGAACUUGCGUGGAAUAUUCUACCACGACGGCAGUCGUCUCGCAUAGCGAUCGGGAGAAUGAAGAACCAGUCCACGCAGGAGUCGGACGUAAGUGUUGUUGCAGCUAUAUUCUGA